AUGGCUGACAAGAAGAUUAAGAUCGGAAUCAACGGUUUCGGAAGAAUCGGUCGCUUGGUUGCUAGAGUUGUUCUUCAGAGGAACGAUGUUGAGCUUGUCGCUGUUAACGAUCCUUUCAUCACCACCGAGUACAUGACAUACAUGUUUAAGUAUGACAGUGUUCACGGUCAGUGGAAGCACCAUGAACUUAAGGUCAAGGAUGAGAAAACACUUCUCUUCGGUGAGAAGCCAGUCACUGUUUUCGGCAUCAGGAACCCUGAGGAGAUCCCAUGGGGUGAGGCUGGAGCUGACUUCGUUGUUGAGUCGACUGGUGUCUUCACUGACAAGGACAAAGCUGCUGCUCACUUGAAGGGUGGUGCUAAGAAGGUUGUCAUCUCAGCCCCGAGCAAAGAUGCUCCCAUGUUUGUUGUCGGUGUUAACGAGCACGAGUACAAGUCUGACCUUAACAUUGUUUCCAACGCUAGCUGCACCACUAACUGCCUUGCUCCACUUGCCAAGGUUAUCAAUGACAGGUUUGGAAUCGUUGAGGGACUCAUGACUACCGUCCACUCUAUCACUGCUACACAGAAGACUGUUGAUGGUCCAUCAAUGAAGGACUGGAGAGGUGGAAGAGCUGCUUCGUUCAACAUCAUUCCCAGCAGCACUGGAGCUGCAAAGGCUGUCGGAAAGGUGCUUCCACAGCUCAACGGAAAGUUGACCGGAAUGUCUUUCCGUGUCCCAACCGUUGAUGUUUCAGUCGUUGACCUCACUGUUAGACUCGAGAAGGCUGCAACCUAUGACGAAAUCAAGAAGGCCAUCAAGGAGGAAUCUGAAGGCAAGCUAAAGGGUAUCCUUGGUUACACUGAGGAUGAUGUUGUCUCAACUGACUUCGUUGGUGACAGCAGGUCGAGCAUUUUUGACGCAAAGGCUGGAAUUGCAUUGAGUGACAACUUCGUGAAGCUGGUGUCGUGGUAUGACAACGAAUGGGGUUACAGUACCCGUGUGGUCGACUUGAUCGUUCACAUGUCCAAGGCUUAA